AAGACAGCGACACUCUGCACAGUGCAUCUGAAUAGACUGCAGCGGAAACACGUUCUGGCUCUGCUUCCAAAGCUUAACAAUCAAAAUACAUGAGGUAGAACUGUCCUUGGGAGAAGAUGAAAAGCUCCUUGAGUUGGCGAUGGAGCGCAGCACAGUUCACAGUAUUGAGAGGUGCAGUUGCAAGUUUAGGAUUCGAAAUCAUUGAGAAAAUGUAUCAAUAAAAUUUAAUCAUGGUGGAUUGAAAUAUGGAUCAAACAAAUCUGCCACAGAAAUGGAGGACAGUUUUUCUCUCAGCAUUUUGAGAAUUUACUGGGCCUGGGUGAUGGGACCAAAAAUUAAGAUAAAAAUAUCAAUAAUUAUCAUGAUAAAUGUCACAUUAUAUCAGAUCUUUUCUAUUGCUUUAGAUGAAAUUAUAUUGUAAAAAUUAUUGAUAUUGUUUUAUCGCCCAGUCCUAGUAUUAACUUAAUUUAUGAUGUAAAUUGCCGAUAGACAUUUUGUCCAUGUAUUUUCUUUAUGUGCAGGAGAUGAGUGACAGUAAUGUUACUUUAGUUUUCCCAGUAAUACAUUACAAAUGAAUAUUACUGACUUUAACGAGUUCCUCAUGUAUAACCUCAGUAGCUCAUAGACCUAAUCUUCUGUUUAACAUGAAACAUUUUAGAUUGUCUGAAUUUUGGUCAUAUUGAUGUCAUGUUGUAUUGUGUUGAUUUCUUAUCUGCUCCGACGUACAGUACGUCUUCCUCACCAACAAUAUUCUCUUGCUCCUCUUUUUUUAAAAGAGCAAAUUCACACUAAAUCACAUCAGGCAGAAAACAAUUGCUGCAUAGCUCUUUAUUAUAGGCUGAAACAAAGCCUCUCCCCAUGGGAAUGAGACACCACUUGGAAAUUGGCCACCAGAGACAUUUUAAGCUCUGUAAGUGCAAAGUAAAUGGUGGCCAGAUGGUCAAUUCCACUAAAUCACAAACCUUUGCAUCUUCAGGGAGUUAUCUUUCUCUACUUGCUCAUUUGAUGCAAAAAAACUUGUUCCACUUGGUCUUACCCUAAGUCAUCACGACAUUCCUGCUUGUACAUACCUUUCUGACGCAGCCAAUCAGCAUUCAUUACCAAAACCACUAUGGCAGCUGAACAAAUGUUGAGGUUAUUAAAAGCUCUUAUAAUAAUUUGGACAUGUCUCCUUCAGGAAUGGAAGAAAUAAGAUUCAGGUUUGUGGAGUUGCAUAGAGGACUGUAAAAUAUAAAACAGAUUUUCUAUCAUUUUAAAAACAUUUCUUUAAUCGGAUUAAAAGCAAAUCUUUUUCCCCGCUGUGCACACUCUUUUCGAGUCAUAAUGUGAACUGGGGUCUAAAGUCUAAACUAGAGAUGUUCCGAUACCAUUUUUCCCUUCCCAAUACCGAUUUAUGUAUUGGCUGAUACUGAGUACUGAUCCGAUACCAAUGCAUUUGAAAAAAUAACAAAGUUUCAAGUGUAUUUUAACAGCUGUAUGCUACUAACCCUGUAGGUGAGGAUUGGUAUCAUAACCUGGCUCAGUUUAAACCCUUUGAAAAACAAAUACAUACAGAGAAUAAUGCUGUCAAACUCUACCAUCUAGUUUGACAGUCAUAACUGAAAAAGAUCACAAAUCCCUCUUUCUUCAUCUUAGUGAACUCCUCGGGCUCUUUGACCUGAUUUCAGGGGAAAAACCUAAAAUACUUUAAAAACCUGGUAUUGAAUCGGUACAUAGAUUUGCAUACUCGCUGAUGCCUUACCUGGCAUUUUUGGCAUUAUCCGAGGCAAUGCUGGUGCCUGUAUUGUCAGAACAUCUCCAGUCUAAGCCUAAGGAUAUUCGAUUUAAAAUGUUUUCACAGCUGAUAGAUGUAGUUUGUCGCAACACUUUUCUGCCUCAUGUGAUUCAGCUCAUUUACUCUUUAAAUGUGCACAUACAUACUUUGUGUAUGUGGUUGUGUUCUACUGACCUGUAGUGUUGCUUCCACAGAUGUCAAACUGCUGUGUAUAGUGAAUUGUUGUGAUGUGACUUUUAGUUCCAUAGCAUGGCGAUAACAUGGAGCGGAGGUGUGGUGUGUGUCUGGUUUUAGACCCAGGCCCGUUCCAGCCUGGCCCAGUCCAGACCCCUGACCCUCUAACAGUGAUGUAUCUCCUUUCCUCCCUCCUUUUCAUCCUACCCUUCAUCUCUCUCUCCCUGUCCCUUCUGCUCAUGCACUACUUUAUCAUCCUCUUUUUACCCGCCUGCUCUUCCUCACUCCCCUUUAUUACCCCCUCUUCCUCUACACCCUGUGUUUGCUCCCCUCUGUCCUGCUUCUGUUCCUGCUGCUGGUGCUAUAGAUAGUGUUGUCAUCUCUGCGCUACGGCAUUAUCUCGGGCUCCUGGGUGGAGCGGGUUCACCUGUGGCGCUUCAAGGGCGUCAUUCAGUGCCUGCCCAUUAUCGCCACAACCUUCUGCUGUCACCCAUGGUGCUGUCCUCGUUCAAACACGGGGUGCUCAGCGGCUGGUGGCUAAGUCAGGUCUAUACGGUGCGCUGGGAGGGUGUGUUUCGCUGUCUCCCAAUCUGUGGGAUGGCCUUCGCCUGUCAGUCGCAGGUGCUGCCGACCUACGACAGCCUGGACGAGCCGUCCGUCAAACGCAUGAGCACCAUCUUCACCUCCGCCCUCAAUGUAGUCACCAUCUUCUACAUCACCGUGGGGUUCUUUGGCUACGUCAGCUUCACAGAAAACAUUGCGGGCAACGUGCUGAUGAAUUUCCCCUCCAACCUGGUGACAGAAAUGAUCCGCGUGGGCUUCAUGAUGUCUGUGGCCGUCGGAUUCCCGAUGAUGAUCUUGCCGUGUCGCCAGGCCAUCAACACCAUGCUUUUUGAACAGCAGCAGAAGGAUGGGACAUUUGCUGCCGGGGGAUACAUGCCUCCUCUGCGCUUCAAGAUGAUCACCCUCUGCAUCGUGUUUGGUACCAUGCUGGGAGGCAUUCUGAUUCCAAACGUGGAAACCAUUCUGGGUUUGACUGGAGCCACCAUGGGCAGUCUCAUCUGCUUCAUAUGCCCUGCUCUCAUCUACAGGAAAAUCCAGAAGAAAAGCUUCAUCUCUCAGUUGGUGCUUUGCGUGGGCCUGGGCAUCCUGCUGAUCAGCACCUUUACCACUCUCUCCAUUUCGGCAAGCAGCCCUGGCACCAAGGUCCAAGCCCCUUCUCCGCGAGCGCCUGACAAGAACAAUCAGCUGCUUCCGGAGCCCCGUGAACAACAUGACAAUCCUCCUAACAAGAAGCCAGUGGAAAUAGAAAAGCCUGACCUCCCAGUGGUCCAACCUGUGGAGAGGGACCCGGCCGAGCCCCCUCAGAUUAAAGGACCAGUGGAAAUACCUGAGGGGAAGAAAGGGGAGGAGGUGCAGUUGAACCGACCUGAUGCUGGUGUUGCGGUGGCAGAGGGAGAGGCCCAUCGCCACGAACCACCCAUCCCUCAUGAUGAGGUCAAGGUAGACACAAGAAAAGAGGUCAAGACGGAUGGAGGAGGAGUAGAUGAAGCACCCAAAAGAGAUGGAGGAGAGGACAAGGUAAAGAACCCAAAGCCUGCGGAGGCUGUUGUGAGGAAAGAGGAGGUGGAUUUGGGUGGAGGUGAAGUCUUGUCCAAUGAGCUGCUGGAGAACCCGGUGGAAGACGGAGGAAAAAAGCAGAACGUUCCCCUGCCAAAAGAAGGGGAGAAGUUGGAUGCGGCGAAAGAUCUUCUGGCAGCGAAUGCAGUCGGUGCGGCCAAUCAGGCUGCGGUUGUAAAAGUGGGCAAAGUUCCAGAUGCUGCAGGGAAAUCUCCGCUUCUUGAGGGAGAACUUCAUCCUGCUGCAGAUGACGCUCCCGCUGCAGAAAGUAAAGACACGGCGGACGAAAAGAUGGGGGUGAUAAAACAGUUGGUUGCAGAGGGCCAGCUCGACCAUGCGGUGCUGCUGCAGGUGAUCCAGGUGCAACAAGAGCAACAGAAGAGACUUCUAGAUCAGCACGAAAAACUACUGGCUGUCAUAGAAGAGCAACACAAGGAAAUCAACCAGAAACAGCCUGCUGGUGCUGCUGAGGGCGAGGCAGAGAAAGGCAUCCAGGAGCACCUGGAGGUGAUGGAAGGUGCAGCAGCAAAGCCCAAAGACUCUGGACUGGUCCCAGAGCUGAAACAGGCCAAGGAGGCAGCUGGAGUUCCACAGGGUGGAGUGGUCGGGCCUCACGAUGUGGCCCAGAAUCAAGCUCAGGCUGUGGGUAAAGUCGCUGUAGCCGAGAUACCUAAAGAAGUAGUCCCAGCUGCUUACAAGGAGGAUUCCCAUGUUGCACCUGGAGGAGAACCCCCAAAACAGAUGGAGCUGGGAGCGAGGGGAGUGCCACUGGGGAAGACGAGAUCCGAUGACAAUCAACCUGUGAUUCAAAACGAUCCCGCAGCUCAAGUUAUAGAUGAAGAGAAACGCCUCGAUAAUGAAAACCAGAAAAAUAUUAAACAGAUGGAGAAAGAGGUUGAGGCAAGACAGGAAAACAAAGAGAUGGAUAUAAAGGAAAAGAUGGCCAGAGAGCAAGAGAAGGAAAGAUUAGAGAGAGAACAGAUAGAGAAAGAAGUGCGGGCAAGGGUGGAAAAAGAAAAGCUGGUCAAAGAGAAGGAAAGAUUAGACAAAGAAAGGAUAGAGAAAGAAGUGCAGGCAAGGGUGGAAAAAGAGAGACUGGAAAGGGAGGAAAAAGAAAAGCUGGUCAAAGAGAAGGAAAGAGCAGAGAGUGAAAGGAUAGAGAAAGAAGUGCAGAUGAGGUUAGAAGAAGAACGGGAGAGGAGAGAGAAGCUAGCCAGAGAACAGGAGCUGGAAAAAGAGAGAGCAGAAAGAGAGAGACAGCAAAAAGCUGCCGAGGAGAAAAUCCAGCAGGAGAUACAGAAAGCAGACAAUGAAGUACUUGAGAGAGUGAGGAAAGAAAACGAGGCAGAGCAGGCUCGGGAGAGGCUGGCCCAGCUGAAGCAAGCCAUAGAAGGCCAAGAAGCUGAAAAGGCUGCUGCACAGGGACCUGAGAGAGAAGACGGCGAAGCUUUGAUGAAAGGAGGACGAGACCUCAAAGAGAAAGUUGCUGCUCAGGCAAACCCCAGAGAAGUUGCGAAAGACAGAGCUGUCAAAGCCAAGGCUCACCCCCAGGGCUCCCACGAGAAAGUGAGGGACCAGGGAGAGAUGGAUCUGAGGCGGAGGCGCAGGGAGGUGGGACCUAAAGAGGCUGGAGGGCCCCCGGAGGACACUGGGGAGUCCAGGGGGAUGCCUGGCCUGGAGCCCCUGCUGGAGCUGGGGGGCUCGAACCUGCACGCUGCCCUGGAGGAGCAGCUGCUGGCCGGGGCCAUGGUGCACUCGCGGCAGAUUAAACAGGCCUCAGAGGACGAGGGAGCGAAAUAACAUCAGAAGCACAGAUUCUCAUUUAGUGGUCAGACAGUGAGUUCACAUGUUGUUAUACCUGCAGGACCUCCUCACACUGUGGACCAUGACAACCGAUGCCUUAUGUUCUCUCUGUCUCUUCGUGGACAAAGAGUUCUUUAUGAAGUCUUUAUAAAGAGAAGUGUAUGUACAUAUUAACUUAUUUUUGGCGUGUGGCAGGGAUUUGUGGGGGAUUCUUUGUUGAAAAAUGUAUAUAAAUCUAUGCAAAUACCGUUAUAUGGAGAGUUUUUGACAAGGCAAAUAUAUUGUUUUAUUGCAAAUCAUUUAAAAUUUGUAUUGUCCACCGUUUUCUCUACAAUGUGUGUUUGUGAUGACUUUUUUUCUAAAGGUCCUGGUCAUUUUGUGUGUUACUGAGAUGUAAAUACUGUAAAUCUCGUAUGUCUCCGUGUCUUUGAACCUUCAUAUUGGAUGUAAUGUGGAUUCACGUCCUUGUUUCACACUUUCAAAUGAGACUCAACCCAAUACUGGAGCUGAACAGAGGAGCCUUACUCUUUGAUAAACUUUCCUAUGAAGCAGCUUGAUUCAGACGACCUGGAUCACUAGUUCCCAUAUUCCCCUGUCUUUCUUUUUUUCUUUUAUUUAUUAGUGCCUUUCAAUCCACAUGCUGCAGUAGUGAUGUGUGUCUUCAUAUUUGUGGUCUUCUUUUCCAUGACCCCUCUUACUGUAAAUGGUACAGUAAUUUUAAUAUAAAACUAUUUGGUUCAGGACGGUGAAAGGAAAUGUGGACUGUUUUUGUGUUUCUUGUAAUCCAAUUCUGAAGACUCCAUCUCUCUGAGCUUCAACACUUAUCAUCACCUUUGCUUUGUACAAGAGGCUAUUUUGUUAUCUGAAUAUUUUUCUAUGUGUAUUGUAUUUCUAUACAUUUUGGUGAUACGAAUGAAUAAAGGAUUAAAUACAA